AUGAGGACUGCCUCCAGACUUGCACGCGUGACGUACUCGACGCAAGCGGUCCCGAGCAUAGGCCACCCGAACCUGCGGCGUUCCACGACCAUCGCAUUCAACGGCCUGAAUGCCGAGCGGCGAUUCUUUGCGAGCACAUCCACACGGCAACCCACUCAGAGGCACAUCAACUAUCGAACUCACAAUGCGCCUAUUACCCGUCUCUAUGGAAACGGGUAUCGACUCAGACCUGCGACGUAUUCGACGCAAGCCCCAAGCUCGUCUCCCGUGCUCACUCGACGCUCUCUCAUCGUCCAUGUUCGAGGCCUACACCCAGAUGUAGACGAUAACAGACUCGCGGAUGCCCUCUCGGUGUGCGGACAGGUCAUCGAGAGCAAGACCAGAGCCCGCCAGAAGGACCCUGACGCUUGGGGGUCUGGAUACGUCACGUUUGCCUCGCAGGAGUCCGUAGACAACGCUCUGAGUCGCGAUUUCAAGGACGUGCUCGGACGAAAAGCAGAGCUUUACGCUCAGUAUGAGCUCGACGAUACAAUCAUUGUCGGAGGCCUUCCUACGGAGGUUCGGCCAGAUCGGGUUACGGCGCUAUUCUCCUCUUGCGGGCAAGUCACCGACAUUAAGAUCCAUCCAACUCUUGCUGGUCAGGCCGCGGGUCGCUGCCACGCUUUUAUUCGGUUUUCGUCGUCAAACUCCGUUGACGCUGCGCUUCGCGGGAAGUUCGAGAUCGCAGGACGCCGCUUGCUCGUUAAACGCACGGUGCAGCUGGCGGAAGAUCGCACGAUAUGGGAUGACUACGCCGCGAGCGCCGAUGAGAUACCCAGGACGGUCCGUGUCAGCGCACUCCCUCCCCAAAUCAACGAUGAGCGACUCGCGGCUAUCUUCGCGCAGUGUGGCCAGAUCCGAAGGGCUCGCGUCCUGAGGACCUAUAGAACUGGAGGUUCUCUAGGAUUUGCGUUCGUUGAGUUCGAGUCGCCUAUCUCUGUGGAUAAGGCGCUAUCGUUCCAUGCGACGGAGAUCGCCGGCCAUAUCAUUCGCGUCGAACGUGCUCCUCCAUUUCGCCCUACCGCCUUAGAGUACAAGGUACUCCUUGGGGAUGUAUUAUCCGAUACCGGUUCUCGUCUGGCGACAAAGUCGAUUUUUGUCGGCCGUCUGACCCGCGACGUGGACGGUACAAUGCUCCGGCGCGCAUUUGAACAAUUUGGGCCCGUUGAGAGCGUCCUUAUUCCCAAGGACCGUGCGACAGGCCUAUCACGCGGAUAUGGUUACGUCGACUUUGCUUCGCCAGAGUCGGUUGAGCUUGCCGUGCAAUGCGAUCAGAGUCUCCGGCUCGACGGUUUCGCGGUCAAGAUACAGUCUCACCUGCGUAGAGGUUUAUCCUCUUCCGAAGUGGGUAGUCCAAAUAGCAAUCCCAACGAUCCAAACGCCUGGGAGUGGGAUUACUGA